UCUCAGGAAGAAGUUGUUUAUUGACACCCAAGAUCCCGGCAGCAAGAAAAACACGGUCAUAGCCCAGGCGGUGGCGCACAAACGCGCGCCGCUCUGGCAGACGAUUCAAAUCCAGGAACGCGCCUGCUUCAACACCACUGCUUCCUCGCCGAAGUCAGUGGAGAGUGCGAUUAGCAACAUAUCAGAGGGUAAAUCAGACGGCCUCGUGGAUGACAUGAAGAUCAAACUUGAUCACAUCAAAUACCAAAAAAACAACGACGUCGUUAGAUAUCUCAAUGCUAUGGAGAGCGAGCGCAAGAGACACUCCAGUCUCAAGUUCACCGCCUUUACACUCCUGGAACCACUUUAUGAGCGCCAGAAGGCGAAGAUGGACCGCCUUAAUGCGACCAUGAUCGGCCCCGUGGUUGACAAGGAAGAGGAAAAAGAGCCGUGUAGUUGGUACACGCAAAUAGAGAAGGGCUGCAGUAAGCUACCAGCGAACGAAGACUUGGACUCGAAUCUAAAGAAACUCUCCAAAUUUUCUAAGGAGGACAUUCGCCACAGCAUACCGCACGCAAAGGAUUAUGUCUGCCUGCUCUUGAUGUCGUACCCAGCCGUCCGACUGGUGAACGUAGCCGUACAACAAGCCUUCCAAUUCGUCAUUACAGAGAUCCUAGGCGGAAUGCUAGAGUUGUACCAGUUCUGGAUGCAGCAGAGACGCAUACCCGUUGUCCAAGUGGUCGCAAGCCCCGCCAGCAGGCCGCCAUCGAUACAGCUGCGGAAAACGUCAACACGAGGGCGAAGACCAACCAGCACAUGUCUUAAUUGAGUUUCAAAACUUCCAUAAUCAAGUUAACAAAUCGAAACAUGUACGGAACAACAGGAAGAAAAUUGUACAAGAAAGUGUAUUUUGGGUAAAAACGUGCGUUAACUUCGCCUAAAACAGAAGCCAAGUGAUAGCAAUUAUUGACAAUUGUUGUUUUUUUUGUAUCAAUGCAUUUGAAAAUAAAUCGUCAUGUUGCCAUUGGGCCUUUCUUCAUGUUGUUGUAGCAUUCCACUUGUCCACAGUGAUAGCAUGAACGUUCCUGCAAGGAAUCAUUUUCAAGGGGAAAGUUGUUGGUAGAUUCUAGAAGUCGAUUUCACGGCACAGCGCAGUAAUACCGGUAAUGCGCACAUUGAUUACGCAUGAUCAUCCUUUAACGAUAGCUUAAAAGGAACGAGACGAAAACUGGUGGAUAUCAUCC